CUAGCUUCAGAGCGAGUUGCUGACGUUCUAUUCAAAGAUGGCGGUGAUGAGUACGCCAUGUUUUUUGUGAUGUUCGCGCAGUAGACAAAUUUUUUGAGAAUUGUAAUCUGUAUGAGCAAAAUGGCUGAUGAUGAUCCGUGGUUAUUGAAGGAAGACGGUUAUUUAAACGUGGAUACCGAGUGUAAAAGUAUAAUCUAUCAUGAUAAUCUGAAUGUGUUACUAAUCACUACUGGCAGUGCGCAAGUAUACGUAGUUGAUGUCAAUUCAGGAGUAAUAUUGCAAAAGAGUUCUUUGUCGGGCAAAUUAAAUGGAAAACUUCAAGGUGCAUAUUUAUCAAAUGGUGUAGAUAAGGUAUUAUAUACAGAUGGAAGAGGAAUUGGUGUACGUAGUGAUUACAAUGGUGUACUUCUUUUGGACACUCUUUUACAAACAACCGUUUCACGAAGCGAGGAUGUUAUAAAGUUAGAGUUAUUGUUUUCCGAAGCUACUUUGUUAUAUCAGUGUCUACGAUGUGUAGAACUACCAGGUGUAGAUCAUGUGCAGGAGGUAAUUCAAGAAUUAGCAAGUAAAACUUUCACGGUAGAGGCAAGUCAGAAAAAAGGAGUCAAAGCCCAAAAAUGGAAUACAGUAUGUCUCGAAUUACCACAUGGUUCUUUGAAGCUUGUAUGCUCAGGAUUAGUAAUGGAAUUGAAAAGAUUAAACAGACAUAUCCCUGCAUUGCCAAUUGCUUCUGCUAUCAAUGAACGAUUAAAUGGCUUAUUACCAGGCCUGGCAUUGGAAGGGGGUCCUGUUGAUAGAGCGUUAAUGUUUAGCGAAGUAAUGCGCAGAGAUACAUUUUCAAAAUGGCCACAUAUGAAUUACAAAUGGGCUUUACCUGACCAAAUGGCUCACGUUGGUUUCUACCACCACCCAAACGCAAAGACCCAAGGCGACGACAGAGUGAUGUGCUUCACGUGCAAUUGCUGUUUAGUUUGUUGGGAACCAAAGGAUGAACCUUGGUCAGAGCACGAACGUCAUUCCCCCGCAUGCCCCUUCGUUAAAGGGGAGUAUACACAAAAUGUUCCUUUAUCAGUUACCCUUGCUACUGCUCCUGCACGCGAGGCUGGCGAUACGAUAGACGUGAUUAGCACUACAAACGCUAGUGGUCUCGUAGCUACAGCUUCCAGUAGCGGUUUUAUAAGUGUGUGGAAUGUUACAAAUCAACUGAAGCGGGAAGUGUCAUUUUACGUGGCCCCUGUAGAACAAGAAAUAAACAACAAAGAAUCGAUACAGUUUGGUUCCACAAGAAAUUUGACUUCGUAUUUAAGGACGCUUAAUUCGGAAACAGAUUCUCUCUCUGAUUACAAGCACGCCGCUUCUCAUAAAGUGCAAAUUACGGCACUGUCUGUAGUAGGCUCGCCCAAUUGUCAAAGCAAAGAAGCAAAAACUCUUGACUCUACGCUUUUACCUGGAGAGACAUCAGACUCUAAAAUUAGGCCAUGUGUAGUGUGUGCUGUUACUGUGACGGUUAGCAAUCCGUCGCAAUUAAGGACUUUAGAAAAUGUAUGGGCUGCUUCGACAGAUCUGGCUCCUUCUUCGUCUCUCGUUCGUGCAAUGAACAGUGUAAAUAGUGCCGCCAGUGAUACUUUAGAUAUAAUGAAGGUGGCAGGUGAUAGGUAUACACCAUCGAGAUUGCACUAUUUAGUACUUUAUGAUUUUUAUCAUAAAAUUGCAACGACGCAACCAAUCAAAGAAGAUAAUACCAAGGACUCGAAAACUAAAAAAACAUUAUCUGGAACGGGGACUAGUGCUAGCUCGAACGGAGAACGUCAAGGGAAUUUCUUUCAAGAUUUUUUGCUUGGUAAAUUUUUAUAUGAAGUUCCGAUAGUCCCGGUGAUAGAGGAUGUAGAUUCGGAUAUAGUAGUUGGUCCACAUUUCGAUAAUAUCUUUCCAACGACUACUCUUACCGCGUCAUCUUCCAAUGGGAUCUAUUCGAAGUCGAUAAGUUUCACGGUACCUCCGACGUCGAGUUCAUUUGAUGCGAAUUUUAAUCCGAUCAAUGGUCCAGAACAGUUUGCAUCGACAUCCGAUUUGACAACAGCAAAUAAAAAAAGUCUGGAUAUUAUGAAAAUAACAAAGACUGAACCAGUUGUUAUAAAAACUUUACCCAUCGAAGCUCCCGAUUAUGUUAAAAUUACGUAUAUCGGGCCGUCUAUAGAUGGAAGACAUUUAUAUGUUGCCAUGUGUCCUACAAUAGAUAAUACAGAUUCUUUGAGUUCGAACAAUAAUCAGAUGGACAUCGACGAAGACAAUGAGUUUUUCCCACAGAAAGGUUACAUGUAUUGGGACCACAACGAUACGCAUUCUGGUAGAUUGAUAAACGGCGAAAUACACGAUGGUGCGAAUAACGCGAAUGCUAUAUUGCUUGUGUAUGCUUUGGACUUUUCGGGGCAGGUGGUUAAGGUGUGCUCCGAACCUGUAGCGAGGCAAGAGCUGCCUGCAGAUCAAGCGCCCAUCGAGCAUGUAUUUUUACCUCUUCAAGAAAAAGAUAAAUGUGCAUCAUCCGAAGAAAACUCUACUAAGAGUCCUAAUACUAAUUCGAAUACUUCAGAACCUAUUGGACAAGUAGCUUUAGUUUGCAGGGAUGGUGUAAUCAGAGUAUUAAAUCUGGAUUCAUUAAAAACUGUUACGGAAGCGAGAGUAGAAGGAAAGAAGUUUGUCUCUGUAGCUUACUGCAAUAGUUUAGAGAGACUUUGUGCAUGUACAAGCGACGGCGCGCUUCACUUUUUUGUCACAACGGAUGAGGAGGAUUCCAUGGAGGAUAAGGAGGAUGUUGAAGAUGUUAAUAUGAUGGGGACAGAAGAGAAUGGUAGUAAAGCUACAGUACCUAGCACGUCGACCUCAUUCACUUUUCAAGAUCAAUUGAUUGCGCACAAACCAAGCUUAUCUCAUUCAGAUUUACGCAUUCUAUACGAACUAACACGAUUCGAUCGACAUUCUCCCGCGUAUGGUGCUACCGUUCCACCAUGUUGGAACGAAAUGAUGCAAGGUCAGAAACAACGUCGUUAUCCACAACAUCUUCAUCAAUCGAAAGAUCAACAUCAUACGCGAAUCUGGCGUUUGCAUAACGAAUGGACCACUUGGGACGAACAUGUGUUCGAAUUAACUCUUCCUCGAAGCGCGUCAGAAAAUAUCGGUCACGUAGAUGUGAGAUUCAGUUUGCACUCUGUAUGUCAGGAAUUGCCAAUAAUUCAAAUUACCCUGCUAAAGCAAAAUGUAAGAAGAAUUGGUCAUAACAAAUCCCCCUUAAAUCCAGUGGACGAAAGAAUAGACUUUAACAUAGGCAACGAACAGAAGGGAAAGAAUCCCGUGACAACGGAAGAGUAUCAGCGACAGCACAACACGGAAAUAUUAUGUGGGCCGAUCGAAUUGCAUCGUUACAUGGAUUUAUCAUGCCGUUCUGGUUGCGUUACAUUGACCAGUCCCAAGCUGUUCCGAUCCAAAGCCAGAACGCUUCUUGUUCACAUUAAGGCUUUGAUCGAUCCAACGAAAGAUGGCGUAACUACAAAGUCGAAAACCAAUUUGUCAGCCAACAAACCCCCUACUUCGAAAAAGCUAAGAAUAGUGGAAGUGGUACGACCGCCUGUUCCUGGCAGUACUGCGGAACGAUUUGUGGAAGGUCCAAACAGUAAGAAAUUAGACUGUUAUAUCGGCUGCGAUUGGAUUCAUGAAAUAUCAAUCACCGUUAGAACAGUAUAUCCUACUAAUAUACCGAACGAACGAGCGCAGCGUUGCGCUAUGUUGGAAUCGAAAACUUGUUUUGACAAUUUAUUGAGCGUGGCAUGUUUGGAGACGUCUGAUAAAUCUCCCAUUGCACAGUCACUCGCGUUAGAUAUUCUCAUAUGGAUAGCCUCUAUUAGAUUAACGAGGUUACGUAGCAGUCAGAAUAAUAUCAAAAUAAUAUCGUUUCAGAUGAAAACAAUUCGUUCUGUUCAAUCACGGUUACCUAAUUUGUUAAAGACUUGCCUUUUGCAUGCCGGACGAAGUAUAGCGCACAAAUGUAUCAAAUUAGUUAUACUUUGCAGCAAGUAUGUCAGCGAUACAGUAACAGCCGGGGAUUUUUACCAUUCGGAGCAUCCACCGUUUAAUUUUUUUGAUGAAGCACUGGUUUCAGUUUUGGUGAAACUUUUACCAUCGAUUAUAGAGGUUCAAUGGGCUGGUUCAUUGCGGUGGUUACAGUUGUUAAUUACUAGAAUCUUACCGCUGGAUAGCGAACAUAGCAUUGCUCUGCAAUGUGUCACUCUGAUACAACAGAUAGCUGCUGAAAUAUCGAAUCGAGUAAAUCCUUAUCAUUUAUUGCUUGCAACGAGGUUCGGGUUGUACAACAACCCGUUUGAGACGGAACUUUUCGAUUUCGAAUCGCCGAUGCCCCCAAAAUAUAACCCAAUACCUUCCACGUACGUGUCGGCUGUAACCAAUGAACAAGCGGAACCUCCAACUGCUUCGUCAAGUUCCGUGUAUUCUCAGGAUGCUAUUGAUUUGAGGGACCUACUUACACUGCCUACACAUCCAGCUACCGAAUUGGUGGUGCCUAGCAAAUUAAAGGCUUUAUGUACUAAUCAUAGUAUGAAAGGACUCCUCGAGGUCGAACCGCUUCAUUUUACCUGUCACGCUGCCUCUGACGGUACCAAGAUGGAGAAAAUUGAUCCAUGUACGAAUUCAAUUAAUAUCGGAGCUCCUCUUUACGAUAGCACGGCUACGAACAGCAAUGGUGUGCCUGAUAUCAAAACCAUUCAUCACACUUACAACUUGGAUGCUGGAUCGCUAGGAUCAGAUGUUCAGGCUAAGUCAACACCUAUAUUAAGCGAUUUGCUUAGUCUGUGUACAGGAAGAACGUUAAAGAAGCCAGUUCCACAACUGAUAUUCACACCUGAUAAUCAAUCAGACUGUGAUGAAACUAAUGAUAUGUCUGUCAGCAAUCAGACAUGGCAUGAUACACAAAGCGAUAUGCCUAACUCACAUAUAUUAAGUUCUACUGUAACGAAAGAAAAGUCGUCUGUACAAAAUCUCAGUACUACCGUAAACAGAGUCGAAGACAGCAAUUCUAAAAAGCGGGAUGAUAUUACGUUUCCAUGGGGAAGAUUACUAUGUUGGCCGCCUCAACAGGCAUUGGUAGUCGAUAGAAUGCAUUCUGGUGCACGACGUUUCGUGAUCCUCGAUUUUGGAUCACCUGUAUUGCUUACGGACUUGAUGAUUCCUUGCUGCAGUGAUUUGGCAUCGUUGUCCGUAGAUAUAUGGACGAAAAGCGAAGAAGUCGAUGGAACGCGUCUCAUCGUCGCUAGUGAUAUAGAAAACAAGCCGCUGGUAGUGUGCGAUCUUCAACCACCACCUGUGUGUAGAUACCUGAAGAUUACAACGAUAGGUCGGUAUGGAAUGUCUCCAACAAUGUGCAAAAUUCCAUUAGGAAUGUUCUAUGGACACAUGGUGGUUCUGCCUGGAGAAGAUUACGCUGAAUUAAAUAAUACUUCUCAAAUUUUUGAUAUGUUUGAUCCCAGUGUACAAACUACAAUUGAUACACAGUGCAAUAUUUUGUCAGCUCUCGCGGAAGAUGUUCAGUGCAGAUUCAGCUUAGCCACUGAAAGAUUAAAAAGCUUAUUGGAUCCAUUGUUGUGUUCAGAAACUACCAAUGUUAUGCAUAUGCAGCAUUACCUCUGCUACAAUAAAAUAUCCAGUGAGAAUAAAGAGCAACCGUCAGCAAAAAUAUUGGCGACUUAUCAAGAGUGUAUAAUGUUUCAACAUCAAUUGAACGUUGUACGCAGCGUGUGGAGACGUUUGGAGUCGUGGAAAGGUUCUCAGAACGUUCCGACGAUGCAGCUGUCGAAUGCACCUAGCGAUAAAUUACGAGUUCUCGGAGAAACUUUGCUCGAUAUUCUUUUAUACACAGUGUACGAAAUUGGUCCUGUAAUGAGCAUUCCGAUGUCGAUAUGUGACGUGUUCACACCAACAGUUUGUGAAAAGUUUUUCCACUCGAUUUGCGUCGUAACGCCAGUUCCGCGUUUACAAUUACACGCCGUUGCACUUUUAGCGCGUAUGGCUGGUCAUCAGCCGUGGUGGGGCAAUUUCUUGUCUAACACGUUGAUCAAUCUCUACUCGUCGUCGUCCACACACAUAUUCCCUCAAGAUAGGGUAUUUAUUUUGUUAACAUUCCUUGGACGGAAAUCAUUGAUCGCCGGAGUUAAUAGAUCUUCUGUGAUAGAUGCGAUGGUUCGCACGUUAGGCAAAUUAUUGACGCCAUUAUCGAAUGCUCAAACUUCUAGUACGAAUCGCCUGGAUGUAACUCUUAUUGGCUGGGUGUUACUUUUCUUGUCAGUGUGCUUGGACACUGUAGCUAUUCCCCCUCCAUGUUUAGAAGGGAAUAACGAGAAAAGUAGAGAACAAAGUCUGUUGUCUCGCUGGGAGUUUAUUCAAGGAGAGUCUGCGAUGCAACGAAAGUAUGGUAGUGCCAAUCGGUCUCCAGCUUCCUGUAGUUAUCGUAAAAAAAUACAGAAACGUUUGAUGCAUCACAAACAACAGCUUCAAGAGUUGGAACAAGCAAAGAAAGCGUUCCAUCCAUCGUCACAGGGUUGGGAGAGUCUUUCGUCGUACAGUGCUUUGUUGCAUUGUAAAAUGGAAGCGUCGCUAAAGUCGCAAGAGCGAUUGUACAAGAAGACGUUCAAGCAACAUUCUGCCAAGCAUCUUAAAGAUAUUUUAAGUGUUCGAAAAAAUGACGCACAACACGCUUCACGCAGCCCGCGUGCGCAACCACAAGCAACCACAAGUUCCAGUAAACCAGAAAUAAUGGACUUGGAUAUCGAGUACAUAUCCAAUUUGUCUCAUCAACAUGUUCUACCAGUGGCUCGUGGACUGAUUGCACUUAUUUUGUGUAAUUCUGCUAACGUGGAUAUGUUCCUGUUGGCAUGCAAGGUAGUCGCUAGGCUAGUGAUAUCUACACGUCCUGCAAUUAGCUUGUGCGAGCUUAUGAGCGAAGAACAGCUCUUAAAAUUAGUCAGACUGGCGACAGGUACAUCUGAUGCUGCCUGGUCUUCGCACGCUGUUUCGAGUUUGUUGCAGGACUUAUUAGAAGGCGGAAAAUUAUUCCCGAAAGCGUGCCCCACGCACGAAGGAAGUCCCGCGGAGGAAGGUUUCGAAUCCCUUGUCACGGAGAAAACUCGAACAACAGAAGACGAUACUAUUGGCGCCGCUGGAACUAGCAGCGCCAUAGUGACACUCGGUAACGACGAAGAAUUUGCAACUGGUGAAGUUGAAGAAGACACUCAAGAUACUAUAGUGGUGACACCAGCAAUUGCUUCGACGCCAAAGUCCAAUGGGUUUUUACCUUCGCUUUUGGAGUCUGACGAUAGCGAACUGGAAGAAUUCUUGGAUGAUAUUCUUGAGCGUGGUAGAAACAUGUUGAAGAAAGGCAAUCCAGUGUCCAAGACCAGUUCCAGCAUUUCUUUGGCGAUGGAUUCAAGAUUAGAAUAUGGUUUGGAAAUGGGAUUAGAGAUAAGUUUGAGAUUGUUGUCUACCUUUGGCAUGUACAAUUUACCUCAAAGUAUAAAUGCCACGAUACACGUCCCCAUGGAAUCUAACCGAUAUUCUCAGCAAUCGUCAUCGAGAGUUGAAUCUGGGUGGAACGAUAGGACUCAAGACGUUUGGAACUUGACUGAUACUACAGCUUCCAGUUUAUUAAUGUUAACCAGAUGUUUUGACAAAAUAGUUACAGAUCUCUAUUUACAGAGUGUGGGAACGAACCUAGAACUUGUCCUCCAGCUGUGGUUGACAUUGAACUUUGACGCGUCUUCGGAACAAUCUAAUUCUUCUAAUCAAUUUGAUCCUUCGUUGACACCUGUUAUUCCAUUGAGCUCCACAGCUAUUUCCAGCCUUAUCUCUGCGUUAUCCUGGCAUCCAGGGGUAUCCUUGAGGGCUUGGUGUCUCGCUCUUCAGUGUUUGACUCUCGCAAGUAAUCAACCAUUACAGACAGAUUCUACAGAAGCUGCGAAUAGUAGACAGCCACUAGACGGUCUUCUAGGUGGUAUGGCUGGAUGUAUCGUAAAAGAACGCAACAUGGGCCCCAUGCUUCUGCGUUUACUUUCGGGGAGCGGAUUAAAUAUUAAUGCCAUGGAUAAACAAUAUAUCAUGGCUGGACCCACUGUUUGCCAAGCACUUCAAGAUUUUCUAGUGAGAUUAGAAAUGAGAUGCGAUGUAAUUACGCCUGGUAGCUCUUUAGGGAACACAUUGAAGGAGCUGUUACUCUGGGUAGUGUAUCAACUCGUGCAACCUGGUGGAGCUCUUUCAUCGAGGAAAGGACCACUAGACGCACAGUACAAACUCAUAACAUCAUUGACAAAUUUACACUUUGCGAACACUGACCUGGGAACCGCGAUGAGUGUAACGGAAUGCGUGGGAGUGUUGGUCUUCACUUAUGUCAGGGGUUCAGGAGUUGGAGCACAGUGUGGUGGGUCUGUUGAUUUAGCCAAUCCGUCUGGCGGAUUUAGUGGUUUAUUCGCUUGUGUACUCGGUGGUGACACAAGACAAGGACGUCCAGCUUCAUGGGACACCUUAGUCGUAGCUCUGAUUAAAUUAGUGUGCCGGCUUAUUCAAACUCCUUUACCGAAUAGUUGCGCAGGUCGAUCCGAUAGCUCGAUGCGAAUCGAUCUCUCUGAAACAAAUCUCGGGUUAGCAAGUGACAUUAGCGACGCGCAAAUGAAAAUAAAUAUCUCGCAAACUGACGAAAGCAAAGUUGCAGAACAACAGUCCUCGUCUCGCUUGCAGCAAUCCACGCUCAACAAACCCAAUAUACGAUGCGUUGCAGACACUGUUCUGCAACACGAACCUACUAUGAUGCGAUUAUUAGGAGCUCUUGGUCAUAGCACUGGUUCGUCUCUGGCUAUGCUUCUUGGCGAGAGCGCCGGAGCUGGAACCGCAACUGAACUUGGCGAUCCAGCCUCGAUUCCAGAUGCUACGUUUCAACUGUUGACCACACUUACAAAGAAAGCGAGUAACCGUAGCUUGGUUCUCAAUCCACUUUAUCAGUACCUCUCUUCCUCAUCAGGGCAAAGAGAACUAGAUCGUCAAUUGGGCGUCAUGCAGUUGUCCGAACCCCUUCUCUGGUACAUCUUAAGGGUCCUGGACAACGAAAUGUCGCUGGCAAUGUUUACAGCGAUGGGUGGAGUGAGAGUACUUUGCGAGAAUUUAGUGAAAUCGAGCAUUGGCGAAGGUAAUGGCAGUCCCGCUUCACCAGGCGUGAUCGCCUUGGUGAUGGAACACCUUUCCAAUGCCCCCAACGUGGUGCCAGCGGCUUCUGCUAGCGGCAAAAAAUCCGCGAACACACUGGAGACACACGACGACGGCUUGUUAAACUUUGCCCCCUUGGGCACGAUAUCUUGGUUGAAUCCUACAGCCCAACCAGCGGAUGUUCUUAUACAGAACGCUACGCCUCACAAGAGAGCAAGGACAGCCGCGUGGAUGUACCAUUGUUACCCUGACGAAGCAUGGGUUGAUCUUACUAUCACUCUACCUUGCGCUAUACUGUUGAGAAAAGUCGAACUCCAGCCACAUCUCACAUCUUUGGCCACAUGUCCAUCAGCCGUAGCCAUCGAAGUUUCGAGGGAAAGUAACAGUCCACUGACUCCCGUCUGCCCACCAAUGCCAACGGCAGGAUUGACGUUUAUAUGUAUCACAUUGUCCCAACCGGAAGUGGCAACUUCUGUUCUUGUACGAUUAUACAAACCACGUGACUCGACGAACAUAAGCUUAAGUCAAAUUAAGCUUCUAGGUACGACAGCGUUCGGCGAGAUAAAAACGAGUCACGAUACGAUAGACGAAGAGCAACUGACGAAGACAAGCUUGGGUUGGUUGCGAUUGUUACAUCAGUGUCUGUCCGUGAGCACAUUGAACAGCAAUCUCGCUGUAAAGGUGCUUAACUCUGCAGCUUCGGUCGAAGGAUUGAUUGAGGCAUGCUGUAACCUCCUGUUGCUCCCAGCACCGUCUCUCUUUACUCCUAAUUUGGAGAGGGUUCUAUUGCAACUAGGCUUAUACUCUCGAGAGCUUGGACUUCGUCUUAUUGGUCUUUUAUUGAACAACAGGUCUACUCCUUUUUUCCAAGGUGCUGUGACUACACAAGAGACAUCGACCGUUCAGUUGGUCGUUGAAUUACUCCAACAACUUUGUUCCAUUCAGGAUUCGUGCACAGAAGCUCGUAUGGUCGCGGUGCUUUCGUGGCUUCAGGCAUCCGCUUUGAAUGGAAUCUCUCGGCCCACCAGUGGUCCUAACGCGAUCAGUCCGCCCGCUGUGUACAUUCAUUGCGUGUCUUCCAUUAUAUGGAAAGCUCAUCAACAACAGAAUUUGAAUUAUGACUUGCAAGCCCUCUUAACAGACGAGCUUUUCAAUGCUUUGUACCGGUGGACCUUGACUUUGGAUACAGGUUCAGCUUUGAAACAGGCGAUAGAUUCCGCCCUCUGCGCGUUCUGCUACGUGAGACCAACGCUGUUCCCUCUACUACUCCAAAGAGUACGAAUCUUGGUGCCUAAUAUGGCGACGGAUCACUCUGCAUCCAUAUCGGAUGAUUGCAAGGAAAGGGAAGGGCAAAUUGAUGAUAAAAAGAGCGAAAUCACUGGCGAGGAAUGGUACUGUCGUUACGUACUGUGUGAAUACAAGCGAUUGAACUUGACAGAGGGACAAUUGCUUACCGUCGCUGCUGCUGCGCGAUCUCCGCCAGGUAUUCAGCAGCUGAUCGAUUCUGGACUUCCUGCUCUGUUGAUGGCGUCCAUUACUGAUUUUUGUAACUUGGAGGAGUCAAGACGGCAACAGCAACAGAGUAGAAGAUCGUCGUCUGACGACUGUUGUCCGAGUAAUUCGAUGGCAGGUUCUAGCCUAACGGAUAAUGAUAAAGCUGGCGAAACUUCUAUGCAAACGAAUAAUCACUUUGGUGGUCUGUGCCUGACGGAUCCAGAAAGUAUAGCGAUGGUGUUGGAAUUCCUGACGCUCGUGUGUUCGGAGGGUAGAAUGCGGGAUUGGUUGGGAAAAGAGGGCUGUGGGUUUUGGUUACCCCUUCUUUCUCUCCUUAGCAGUCGACCUAUAGAAAAUCCAUCUGUGUCUUCUUCAAGGUGUUCCAAAACAAAUAUUUCAUACUCCUCGCUGGAGAGUGCCAUGAUUAAAUUUUUAUCUCGUUGUUGUUGGUGCCACCUUGAGAAUCAAAAGCUAUUGGCUGAAUUAUUGACAGAUGUAAUUUCUCAACAACGAACAACGUCUAAUGUCCGAUACCUUCAUGGAAUUUCUGGUUUUACCAGACGAUUGAUCUUGCAAUUGCUCUUGGAAGGUGAAAAAGUGUUGGUCUCCGUAACUUCGGAAGCGCCUAUGAAAGUUUCAAACACGGCGGCUAAUUACAGUAUGCCGUCUAUGCCUCCACAUCCAGCUCAUCCGCUGGGACAUUAUCAUCAGUUGUUGUAUAUGUCCACGCAGUCAACUGUGGCGGACAUAUUGCAGCAAGUAUCUGGGACAUGGCUUCUUUUGCUGCUACCAAACACGUACAAGGGUAACGAAGCUGGAUCGACCAACAAUCGAUCCAGGGAGCUCUGGGAGUCCGGCAUGGCCUUUAUAGUAGAUACUCUUAGCGUAGCCGCGGGAAACACAGCAAAAGAUAAGAGAGCUAAGGAGGCGUCUAAUAGAUCACAAGCUCGUGCUCCUACUGUGAGAAAGUCACGAUUAAAUUUUGAGGGAACUUCGAAUGCUACUAAACCGACGAGCAAUAACGUGCAACAGAAUCCUGGUAGUUCCACUAAUCAACAGUAUUUGAUCCAUUCGUCGCGUCCGAACACUCCGUUGCCGCCUCGAUUGACCAUUGCUCAGCUUCUAGCCAUCGCGGAGGACAGUGGGAUAUCGUUGUCAGAGCCUUGCUUGCAUCUCAUGUUACGUCAACGUAAUAAAGAUUCGACAGAGGACCUAGCGAAACAAAACGACAUCGAGUUACUAAAUUAUAGAAGCAUAGAGAGUUCGUUGGGCGUGUUUAGCGCCGGAGGUGGUUUAGCGGUAUUGGCACGUCAUCUGCCAUUGAUCUAUCCGGAUUCUAGAAGGCCGCCGCCUGUGGCGGAGAAGUCUCCGCCGCCAGAGCAAACGUACGAAGACUGGGUAGAAUUGGAGGACAACGACAACAUGUACGAGCUGCUGGAAGUAGGUGGGGCCAACUCGUCCACGCAAACGUCGUCUCCGGCUCCCUAUGUGCCUCCACAUUCUCUCGCUGCCUUCGGUCUCUUUCUCAGACUUCCUGGUUACGCGGAAGUGUUGUUGAGACACCGAAAACGGGCACAGUGUCUGUUACGUCUCGCUCUGGGCGUGUCCGACGAUGGCGAAGGCGGAGACGUUUUAACGUCGCCGUGGGCCGCUUCGUUACCAACGUUGCCGUUCCAAGUUCUGAGACAGGUACUCGAUGCCACGCCGCCAACCACCGACGACGGUCUCCUUCUGCGUAAGACCACCAUCGAAGUGGGCGCCAUGCUUCUCCUACUGAACUGCCUGGCUAUAUUUACACAUCAGACAAACCAGAACGAGAAUUCUGAACAGAAAGGGAGCGGUGGUCAGGGCGAGGCUGGUCGAAGCGACGAAAACUCGCAUUUGUACUGGGCGAAGGGUACUGGGUUCGGUACUGGUUCCACUCAACAGUCGUGGAACGUCGAACAAGCCUUGCUGCGACAGAAAUCCGAGGAAGAGCACGUUACAGUAUUAUUGCAGGUCCUGGCGAGUUAUAUCGGACCGGGUGGCCAGAAACAAAGAGAACUGCCAUCGCCUUUUCCCGAUCUACUUGCUCUCUCGUGUCUGCUUCCCGCCUUGUCCUCGUAUUUAAGAAACGACUCGGUGCUGGACAUGGCCAGGCACAUUCCUUUGUACCGUGCAGUGCUGCAAUUGCUCAGAGCCAUGGCUCGUUCGAAUCAGUUGGCGCCCCUUUUACUACCAAAAGGAGGGGGAAAAUCUGGCGAACCGUCCGUUGUGUCUCUUCUGUCGAGUAUGAGGGUGUGUGUGGACACAUACGUCCAUAAGAUAAAUCGCACCAGAGGCAACAAGUCCAAGACAUUGUUCAAGUACCCAGACGACACUGAGCAGGACGAGGGCCUGGCGACAUUGAUCCCUGACAUUCAAGAAAGUGCUACCAUAGUGCAGAACUCCACCGCCAGGUUAUCAGGCAUCGAAGAAGAGCUGCCAGGACCCAGCCCCGCUGGCCCUGAGUUACCUCUUCGUUCGGUUGAACAACGAUAUUUAGAGGUUAUGAAGAAUCUACAGUUUGAUACGUACGAAAUGAUUGCUGAGAAUCCAGAGUCAAGUGGAUAUAAGUUUGCCGUUUCGUACCAUUUUGAGUCGACCAUGAGGGCAGCGGGCGAAAGAAGUCAUCCCACUCGGGUCAAGAGACUGGCACAGGAGGCUGUUACGCUUUCCACUGCUUUACCUUUGUCAUAUAGUAGUAGCGUUUUCGUUAGGUGUGACACGGACAGAUUAGACGUUAUGAAGGUGCUGAUAACAGGCCCGGCAGAAACGCCAUACGCGAACGGGUGUUUCGAGUUUGACGUAUACUUCCCACCGGAUUACCCUAACAGCCCGAUGUUAAUUAACCUAGAAACCACUGGUCGUCACACCGUGCGAUUCAACCCAAAUCUCUACAACGAUGGAAAGGUCUGUCUGAGCGUGUUGAAUACAUGGCAUGGUCGCCCCGAGGAAAAGUGGAAUGCACAUACUAGUAGUUUCCUUCAGGUCUUAGUGUCGAUACAGUCACUGAUCCUAGUAUCGGAGCCCUAUUUCAACGAACCUGGAUACGAACGGUCACGAGGCACGACGAGCGGAGCUCAAUCUAGUCAAGAGUACAACGCGAACAUUUGUCAGGCUACUGCCAAGUGGGCCAUGCUCGAUCAAAUUCGCAAUCCUUGUCCCUGCUUCAAGGAGAUAAUACACACUCACUUUUGGAUAAAGAGACACGAAAUCGUUGCACAAUUAGAGGGGUGGAUAAGGGAUAUGGAGAUGCAUGGAUCGGAUCGCAGAUUCGGGCGCACACUAUCCCUGAACGCUUUAGCUUUAAGGAGACACUAUAGAUUAUUGAGAGAAGAGUUGAACAAACUGCCAACUCCCGAGGGUUUGGAGGAUUUGGUAGAGCCGCUCGCAUCUCCAGGCUCGCCUAUCGAACUAUCCGGCACCCCGGGUAUACCGAACUCGCCACCGACGUCGACGGUUCCCCCGGUCGCCACACUUUCCACGCCGAUGAGCAACUCGAUCGUUUCCAUGAACAACGCCAGUGCCAGCAAUCACGUACACCAUGACAUCGAUACGGACGUUGAGAUGGAGAAGAUGGUUUCAAAAGUGUGUGAAUAGCUACAGGAUGUUAAUAGACAUUGUUGGACAUUUUGAAAAGUCUAUAUUGUUUGUGUUAUGACGGACAAAUAACGGACUGACCGAAGGCGGAACGAAGAUCCUAGUAUCUUGUCGAAUUUCAGAUGAUUGACGGAUAACGAGUAGAAUGAAAGCUUACGGUAACUUUUUGGUUGAACAAAUGAUCAUGGAAGAGGAAGAUCGGUGAGAAUGUCUGAAUAUAUACGUGUGUGUAUAUGCAUGCGUGUGUGUAUGUUAUGAGAGAGAAUAUAAAAGAAGAGGGAGGAUGAUAUAUAAUGCAUAUGCACGAAAGUAAAAGAGAGGAAACGGAGAGAUUGUAUCGGAUGGAAAUGAAGAGGUAAGAAUCAGUCGAUGAUUAUAAAGCCAGUAUGAAUGUGACCAACUCAUACGUAGUAGGUACUAUCUGUGGCUACUGCUAUGCUAUAUGUAUGCUGCAUUCUACUACUUCGUAUUACUAUAAGUAACAACUGUUAUUCGAUAUUUAUUAUACGUGUUCCUCGUUUACGUAGCCGGUAACCACCCCCUACUCGCAAUGCGACCGAUCUUAAACAACGCGUUUGUCAGCGAAGGAGACGAUUUCAAGGUAACACAAAACUGUACGGAGCAACGAUACGAAAUUUCUUUAUUUACACGAGCGAACGCAAAAUGACACUCUACCAAUGCACAGGUAGAUCGACGCGAAUCGGAGUACUUCUGUUGAACGUUCCAAUUUCGUUACUACUGUCGAUUACGUUCAGAUCUUUUCUUCCAGUUUUUCUUUUUUUAUUGUAAAUUUAUCUUUUUCGUUUUUUUUUUUCUUUUUUAUUUAUCGCAAAUCGUCUCAACCGUUUAAUUCAACGUCGCAUUGCAUCCGACUUGCGAGUAGAAAACGACGCAGAAAAUUGCUCCAUAAUGCAUGAUGCAGUUAGCACUUGAUACGUGUGUGCGCAGUGUGAUUUAAUAUUUAGCGUGUCGGUAUCUAUUACGGUCCGCACUGUAUUUUUUACGAGAAAUAAUAGUUGGACGCGUUCGGCUUGAAAUACGAUCGCCUACCUUUCAACAGCGAAUUUCUUUUGACAAAUUUAUCGGGAGAACAAGACGUUUUACGAAGUAGUCUUUAAACAAAGAAAUAAAUAAAUAAAUAAAAACAAAAAAAAAAAAAGAAGAAUCGAAUCAAAUUUACGACCUCCGUUCAAGCGACGAUACAGUUUUGUUCUCUUCGAAACAUUUUUCGUUUCUUUAUAACACGUGCAUCUUUGUUUCAAUUGAAAUAGUGCUGAUCAAAGGCGGAUGCAAAAGGAAAGUUUGUACCAGGUCCGAUGAUUUCUCGCAGAGAAAAGAGCAAACACUGGACAUACGGAUUAUAUCCGAGACGUUUCAUUUGACACGAUAACAAACGGGAACUGAUUAAAUAUAUCGAUGACGCAGCGAUUCUCUCAACCGUCGCGGACACAGGAUGCAACGACUGACGGAUUGCUGUCGUACAACUAGUAUUCCCCUUUGUCUGUCAGCGACUAAUUACGGUUAGCUGUGAAAUUCCUGGUUGAAUCGCGUCCCACCAGUAUCAAUGAUCGUUCUUUCUGUAAAUAAUCGUCACACGAAUAAUUGUACCGCAUUACAAGUAAAUGUUUGUAAUUCCGAAGUAACUGGAUAAAAAUGCUCCGAUGUAACGUAUACUAUUGCAUGGAUUCCUAAGCAAUUGAACAAAGCGAAAACACGUAACAUGAUGUACGUGACAGGAGAACGUGUUAAUAGUUAUUUAUAAUAAACGAAUAUUACCACGCCA